AUGGACCACAAUUGGAGACACCCGCCCGGACCGGUCAAUAUUUAUAUCCCGAGCACCAACUGUGAGUCUCAUCCCGACCCAGGCGUAGGGGUGCUCGCCCUAGCCCAAGCUACCAGGCCCCAGACAAUAGCUGCAACCCAUGUAUUAAAGGUAUUCCUGUGGUCAGGAGGUGAGGACAUAGAAUUCGGAGGAUAUGCAGGUGGCAGGGUAGGCAAUUUCUGACAGUGUUGACUUGCCCUCAGGGCAAAAAAAAUAUGCCAGCAUUCUGCAGAUUCCUAGUACCCAACCCAGCUAAUACCUGACCCCAGUUCAAUACUCCGUAGUCUAUACCGUGAGGCAAACAUUGCGGCUUGAAGGAUAUUCUGGCAUUCAACUCGCCCCCUCCGGAUACAAGAGCAGAGGCCCAGUUUCUGAAAUUGGCAAGCCUGUAGGGCCCGAUGGCUGGGAGAACUAGUGGCGGCCACCACUGCCUAAGAUCAACGGUCACGAAAGGUGGGUCUGGAUGGGAGGUGGCCAGGCGAAUGUAGCAGGGUCCAGACCGGACUUUUACCGCAGCGGCACAAUGCCUCGACAACCGACAGCCAGGUACAGAAGCAAUCUAAGAAAAGAAGAUGUUACUGAGGCGGACCAUGAGUUUGUCCAGCCGGGCCAGGCGCUAAACUCCGGCGCAAAAUGA